UACCGCCACCAAGCGGUAACAAAUGUCUAUUCAGCUAAAUCAUCAUGGCAGACGAAGCACAAAAAGCGGGAUUAAUUGCCGAUUUCGCUGGUGUAACUGGGGUAGAUGCCGACAGAGCAAAGUUUUAUCUCGAAUCAUCUGGAUGGCAACUUCAGAUCGCUUUGGGCAGUUUCUACGACAACGAUGGUGGGAACGACGGCGCCGAUGAUGACGUUUUGUUCCAUGAGGCCUCGGAUGAGUUCCGCCCCUCGAACCUUCGUCAACCCGAGGUGGUGGACCUCUCCGCAGAUGAGCCGGAGACAGAAGGGGCGCCACUGGCUGUGCGGGGUACCGGGAGGAACCGCCCGCCCGCACCGUCCUCCCGCUUCCACACUGUCAGUGAUUUUGCCAGGGACACGGGGGCGGACAGUGACAGCGAUGAGGAGGGGCAGGCGUUCUAUGCAGGGGGUGCUGACCACGGCAGCGGACAGCAGGUGGUUGGUCCGCGGAAAAAGAAGAGCAACACAGACAGCAUGAUCAACGAUCUCUUCAAGAGCGCCCGCGAGCAUGGAGCGCAGGAGGUCGGCGCCGGGUCGUCCAGCACAUCAGAGGGUACCCCAAGCAGUUUCAUCUUCAAAGGGGCUGGUUACCGCCUGGGGGAUUCGGAGUCAGGACCCGCAAGACCGGAGCCGGGCACGGUGGGGACGCUCCCCGGGAAGGAACCAAGAGGGAGGAACAUUAUUCUCAAGCUGUGGAGGAACGGGUUCAGCGUGGACGACGGGGAGCUGAGAGGCUUCAAAGACCCACAGAAUGCCGACUUCCUCAACGCCAUCUCAAAGGGGCAAAUUCCAAUGGAGCUGAUCCGGGAGGCCAAGGGAGGCGAGGUGAAUCUUGACCUGGAGGACCAUCGGGACGAGGAGUACACUAGGCCAAAGGUCAAGGUCAAGCCCUUCAGUGGUCAAGGCAGCAUGCUGGGCAGCCCCGUUCCUACAGUCGUUUCUACGCCCGCCUCAGCUUCAGCUGCAAAACAGGACGAGGCUUCGGCCAAUCAGUCAGUCAGCCUGGACGAGUCGCAGCCGGUCACCAGUAUUCAAAUCCGGCUUGCGGACGGCACAAGGUUAGUCAGAAAGUUCAACCACUCCCACACAGUCGCCGACGUCAGGAGAUACAUCACAACAGCUCGGCCGGUCUACGCCGGUCAGCUUUUUGCUCUGAUGACCACCUUCCCCAACAAAGAGCUGACUGAAGACUCACAGACGCUCGCCGACGGCAAGCUACUCAACGCCGUCAUCGUGCAGCGGCUCAAAUAAAACUUGUCGACUGUAAAUAAGAGAGCAAUGUGUCCCCGUCGUGAGGCUGCCCAGCAUACGAUUCUGCUUACCACAGAAAUACAUUUAGCAGGAACUAGCCAUCAGCUACGCAGAAUGCUUAGCGGGUAUUUCUGAACCAAAGCACAUCUUGGGUGGCGUGAGAUAAAACACUUGGGGAUUUAUUUACUGAAUAAAGAGCAGCUGGGAACCAGGGAUGUUGUCAAAUUAUUUGCACAGCAUUUUAGCUGGUGGCCUGUUUUUGCCUUUUGUUAAGCCCAAAAAAUUGCUGUGAUAGGCUGACACUUUUAGAUGCUUAGCAGCUUCACGCCUCUGGACCUUUCCUUUUUGAGUGGUUUGUUGCGAAGCACAAACAUCCAGUAUAUUUGUGUGCUGAGCAAGGCCAUGAUACUGGGCCCAGGCUGUGCGUAAAGUGGUCAUUUUUGGCUGCGGCUAUGGCUAUGUCAUUAGAACGCUUCAGUGGAUAUCCAUAGUCACAGACCAUAAAGCUCUGAAACCAUCCACAAGAUUUAUAUGUACAUACAGUCAUGUGAUGUGCGCAGAGAUGGGUGGGCGGAGCAUAGGGAUGGGGUUAUGGAUGGAUGGGCGGAGCAUGUAUUUGAUUGUCAGUAACUCAAGUUUAAUAUUGACAAGAAUCAGCAUCACUUUGAGUCCACCGUGAGUAAGUUACCACCUAUUAAACAUCUCAUGUUUGAGUUAUCCGGAGCCGUCUUAGUUAUUUCAAGUUAUCCGAGAUGUAACCCUCGCCAACGUUGCGUUUGAAAGCACGAAUGGUGAUGUAUUGCUUUUUAAAACCGUGAUGUUUCUUAAUCUUUCAACAAAUAAACAUAAUUUGUUACCAAAGGACAGAAAAUUUGGCCUCUCCAGUUUAAAAAGAGUAGAUUUUGUACCUUCAUGUACCAGACUUAUUUGAAAAUCUCUUCUCCUGUAACUUUCAUUUCUCAGUUGGGACACCAAAGUGUUUCAGAUAUCAAAUUUGUUGAAUUAAAACAGAAGUGAAUUAA